UUGACGCUCAUACUCUCUCUAAAAACAAACUGGACUCUCCUCUCCCCUUCAACAUCGACGCCUCCAUCUCCACUGCUUCCUCCAUCCACCGGCCUCCUCCCUCCGCCGCCCUCCUCCACCACGUCGGCCUUCCUCUGCAGCCUCUGUUCUAUAUCACCUCUCCUCCGAAGCCGCUGUUCUACAUCGCCUCUCCACCGCAGCCACUGUUCUACCUCGUCUCUCCUCCGCAGCCGCUGUUCUCGUCAUCUCUCCUGCACAGGUUUGCAAUGAAGGAAAAAUAACACAUGUUAUCGAUUUUGUGUUGAGGUCUUUCGACUUUUGUUGUACAGAACAGAUGGCAAGGUGGGAUGCGAUACUGUCUCUCCCUGUACAAAACCCUCCAACUUUGGAAUUCUCGGCGUGUGAUCUUGUUUGGUCGAAGGUAGAAGGCUAUCGUGACAAUAUGGAUAGACUCGCAUUGGUACCAUUUGCUAGAGUCGAUGAUUUUGUCCGUGGUGAAUCUAACAAUAAAGAUUGCCCUACAAGGUUUCAUGUAGAAGCUAGGAGACGCCGCUCUGCUAAGACGGAUAGCAAGCCUAAAGUUGAUGGCAUUCUUGAAUAUAUUUUGUAUUGGUGUUCUUUUGGUCCGGAUGAUCAUAGGAAAGGGGGUGUAGUAAGACCAAGCAGGAGUACUUACGUACCGAAGAAAAAAUCUGCCGGUAGGCCGAACACAAAACGAGGGUGCACUUGCCACUUUAUAGUCAAACGUUUAAUAGCCGAACCAUCUGUCGCAUUAGUCAUAUACAACCAAGAUAAACACUUGGAUAAAAAGGGAUUGCCGUGUCACGGGCCACAAGACACGAAGGCUAUCGGAACACGUGCUAUGUACGCACCGUUUAUCUCAGAGGAUCUACGGCUACGCGUCUUGUCGUUAUUACACGUUGGAAUUCCGGUUGAAACGAUUAUGCAGCGACACAAUGAAUCGGUGGAGAAACAAGGAGGUGUUUCUAAUAGGGAUGAUCUUUUAACGCAUAGGUAUGUGAGGAUACAAGAACGGAAUAUUAGACGAGCAAGUUGUGAACUUGAUGAAGAUGAUGACGUCAGCAUCGGUUUGUGGGUUGAAAGCCAUCAGAAUCAUGUGUUCUUUUAUGAGGAUUUUAGUGAUAAUGAUCCGUUUUUGUUGGGUAUUCAAACGGAAUGGCAGUUGCAGCAAAUGAUUCGGUUCGGCAGUGGACGCCUUCUUGCUUUAGAUUCAAGAUUCGGAACAAAUAAACUAAAGUACCCGAUCCAAAGUCUUGUUGUUUUCAACUCCGACAACAAAGCAAUACCCGUAGCGUGGAUAAUAUCACCUAGUUUUUCGACAUCCGGCGAUACACAUAGAUGGAUGAGAGCUCUCUUCAAUAGAGUUCGCACGAAAGAUCCUACGUGGAAAUUAGCUGGCUUUAUUAUCGAUAAUCCUUUAUUAGAUAUCCUCGCUAUCAAGGAAGUAUUUCAGUGUUCUGUAUUGAUCUGCUUUUGGCGGGUUCGUCACGCAUGGCAUAAAAACAUAAUGAAAAGAUGUUCGAGUAUGGAGACAAGGGCAAAAUUGUCAAAAGCUCUUGGUCAAAUAGUCAAAGACAUCUGUAAAGGGUUUGGAGCAAUCGAAUCUUUUGAUAAAUUCAUGGAAGAUAAUGUAAAUUGCAGAAGUUUCAUGGAUUACUUCAAGGCAGUUUGGUAUCCUAGAAUGGGAUCUUGGAUCACUGCUUUAAAAACACUACCACUUGCAAGCCAAGAGAGUUCAGCAGCUCUUGAAUUCUACCACAACCAGUUAAAAAUCCGGUUGCUAAACGAGAACGAUUACGACAUCAAUCAGCGAGCUGAUUGGCUGAUAAACAAACUGGGUACUAAAAUACAAGCCUACUUCUGGCUUGACGAGUACGAGGGCAAAGACGACUUUUCACGCUACUGGAAAGACGAAUGGGCAAGCGGUUUAACCGCAUGGCGAAAAGCAAGAACAAUUCCCAACGCUGAUAUUGUCACAGAAGGUGAACGGGUCAAAGUUGUUGACCAUGUUGUAUGGAACCCAGGGUCAGAAUAUGCUAUUUGCGGCUGCGAUUGGGGAGAAAAGGGUAAUUUGUGCGAGCAUGUUUGUAAGGUUAUUCAAUAUUUUCGUGAAAAAGGUUUGGGGUUGCCGUCGGUCAGUUUACUGCAGUAUAAUCAAGGUUUGAUUAAUAUGUUAAAAUGCCCGCCGGCUAAUUCUUUCAUCCGUGACCAUGCUGUUUCUUUAGCGGUUUGGGUUAACGAACAACUUAGUGCGCAAUUUGGAAAAAGUAGACGAGAUGGUGACUCGGAUGGGAGGGACGAGAUGGUAAAUUCCUGCACACGGAUGGAAGUUGAUGCGGAAUUAUGUUGAGUGUGUUGCGUAUGCUGAUCCUCUUUUUUGGCGCGUAUAAGAGGAUCGCUUAGGAAAUGAGCGAAUUGUAUAUGUUGAAUGACUAAUUGUAAGUUUAGACGCAUUGGUACUUCACUUAUACGUCUAUAAACUAUUUUGUUGACCAUGUUGUC